AUUUGAAAUCCUUAGAUGAAUUAUAGAUAUAUUAUUUAUAAUUUUGAAAGAUGCAUUUAUAAUUAUAUUUUAUUAAGUUGGGGCAACUAGUAGCGUAAAGAUACCAUUCACCAAAGUAAGUAUUUUUGAAGAGGAAAGUCAAAGUCAGAGUGAAAGAAAUGGCGGCUUCAGGUUUCGGACAAUGCAAUGUUGCUCCUCGUACAACAACUAUAAUAAAUCCUACGCAACGUCAGCUCUUCUCUUUGUCUUUCAACAGACAAACCGUAAACUCUUCUUCACCUGCACUCUCAUUCACCCAAUCUCUAGGUUUUGGGUCGAGACAUUGCGAGGAUCUAAACCGGUUUACAACGUGUGCUGUUCGUGAGUUGACUGGUUCUGUUAUAUCUGCCAACGGCCAUCGCUUUGCUGUUGUGGUUGCACGUUUCAAUGAUCUGAUCACCAAGAAGCUUUUGGAGGGAGCUUUGGACACUUUCAAGAAUUACUCAGUUAGAGAGGAAGAUAUUGAUGUUGUAUGGGUUCCUGGCUGUUUUGAAAUCGGCGUUGUUGCACAGCAUCUUGGAAAGUCACGGAAAUAUCAAGCAAUACUCUGCAUUGGGGCUGUGAUCAGAGGUGAUACGUCUCACUAUGAUGCUGUCGUUAAUGCUGCCACAUCUGGAGUACUUUCAGCAGGUCUAAAUUCAGGUACUCCUUGCAUAUUUGGUGUUUUGACAUGUGAUACGUUAGAGCAGGCUUUCAAUCGCUGUGGUGGUAAGUCUGGGAAUAAAGGUGCCGAAACAGCAAUGACAGCUAUUGAGAUGGCGUCUUUGUUUGAGCACCACCUCAAGCCUUUAGAGGAGUAAGAGUCCCUUCUUACCAGCGUGCUGUUUCAUCACACAACGAUGUUGUAAUUCUCACCUUUAAACAGAAUUUUACUCGCAUCACCAUCCCAACUAGCUACUCCAACUAAUAAGGUCAAA